AUGUUCAACUCGGUGAGCCUGGGCAACUUCUGCCCCUCGCCGGCGCGCAAGGAGCGCUCGGGCGGAGGCGGCGGCGACUUCGGCGAGCGCGGGGGCAACCUGUACCUGCCCGGCUGCGCCUACUACGUGCCCGAGUUCCCGUCCGUGCCCCCGUUCGCCCCCGCUCGCCAGAUCCCGUACCCGUACGGCGCCAACCUGGCGCAGGUGCCCCGCGAGGUGCCCUACGCGCUGGAGCCCUCGGGGAAGUGGCACCCGCGCGGGAGUUACGCGGCGUGUUACCCCGCGGAGGAGCUGAUGCACAGGGAGUGCCUGCCGCCCGCCGAGGUGCUGAUGAAGAACGAGAAUUAUCAUCAUCACCACCACCAUCAUCAUCACCACCACGCGGCCGCGCCGCCGCCGCCGCCGCCGCCUCCGCCGCCCGCGGGGUUUUACUCGGCGGCCAGCAAAAACUCGGUGCUGCCGCAGGGCUUCGAUCGAUUCUUCGAGAACUCCGCGCCCGACGGCGAGAAGAGGCCGCCUGGCAACGCGAGGGAGGAGGAGGAAGAGGAGGAAGAGGAGGAGGAGGAGGAGGAGAAGGCCAAGCCCGGCUCGGCCGCGGCGCCCUGCCCGUCGGGAGCCCAGGAGCGCCCCAAGAGCGGCGCUCAGGGCGCCCCCAGGACGCGGAAGAAGCGCUGCCCGUACUCCAAGUUCCAGAUCCGGGAGCUGGAGCGCGAGUUCUUCUUCAACGUCUACAUCACCAAGGAGAAGCGGCUGCAGCUCUCGCGGCUGCUGAACCUGAGCGACCGCCAGGUGAAGAUCUGGUUCCAGAACCGCCGCAUGAAGGAGAAGAAGCUGAGCCGGGACCGCCUGCAGUACUUCUCGGGGAACCCCUUGUUGUGA